UGGCGGAAGUGCGCGAACAAGUGGCUUGAAAACGAAGAAGACGGGGAAGAACACGGAAAUGACGUGUCGUAGCGCUGAUCACAAUCUUGUCAACAAAACGACAAUGUUGUGCAAUUUGUAGUAUUUUACCCUUAUCACUAGCAGGAGUGCUAGCUUAAGACACGAUGACCUGCACUUGGGAUAAAGUGUUGGGAGAUGCUCGGACAUUGCUGGAGAGGCUAAAGGAGCACGACAUGGCCGCCGAGGGACUCAUCGAGCAGUCGGGGGCCCUCAGUCAGAGGGUGCAGAGCCUGAAGGAGGUGGGGAAUGCUCUCCCAGACCAGCAUGCAGAGGACUCUUCCGAGCUCCAGGACAUGACGACGUACAGGCCUCACGUUCUUCUCACGCAGGAAAACACUCAAAUCAAGGAACUCCAGCAGGAAAACAAAGAGCUGUGGCUGUCCCUGGAGGAGCACCAGUACACGCUAGAGUUGAUCAUGGGCCGCUACCGGAAACAGAUGCUGCAGCUGAUGAUGGCCAAGAAGGAGCUUGACACCAAACCUGUCCUGUCCCUCCACGAGGACCACGCCAAGGAAGUGCAGAGCCAGAUGGAGCGGAUAUGUGAGAUGGGCCAGGUGAUGCGACGAGCCGUGCAGGUGGAUGAUCAGCGCUAUUGCUCCAAUCGACAGAAGCUCGCCCAACUUGAGAUGGAGAACAGAGAGCUGCAAGACCUUCUGACAAUCAGCCAGGACUCCAUGGAGGCAGCCAGAGAAGGAAGCAGCCAAAACCAAGCUCAGCUCCAGUGCGACCAAUGACAUGGAGGGCACCUCUUGGUACUCAAAGUCUGGAUGGAUGACACAAAAAGAUGGAUUCACAUCCAUUCUUUUUCAUCCCAUUCUAAAUCCAUUCAUCAGUUUCAACAAUUUAUAAGAAAAGACCAAAACAAAUGUUUAAAUUUUUUAAAAUAAGGAUCUAUUUUAAAAAUAUCUUUUAGGCCAUCUCCAUGCAACCCAAAAUAGUUUUUUUUUAACCCAUAACCUGUUCUGAAAAUGUUUCAUUAGAAUUACCAAAUAACACAUUGCAAGAAUCGUGUUGAAUCGAGAAUCAGUUGUCUGAAUCGAAUCGACACCUCAGGAAACAGAUCGAUUCACACCCCGAAAGACACAACAUGUUUGCGUUGUCUAUUUUCCUAGUUCUGUACAUCUUCAUCCAGUGCAGGGGUGUCCAAAGUGCGGCCCGCAGCUCGAAUUUUGUUGGCCUGCAACAUCCAUCCAUUCCUCCAUCCAUUUUCUACCGCUUGUCCCUUUUGGGGUCGCAGGGGGUGCUGGAGCCUAUCUCAGCUGCAUUCGGGCAGAAGGCGACCCAACACAGAUAGACAACAUUCACACUCGCAUUCACACACUAGGGACCAUUUAGUGUUGCCAAGUCGAGAAAAAAAAAAAAUAAGUACUGUAUUUUCUGGACUAUAUAGCGCAUAUAUAUAUAUAUAUAUAUAUAUAUAUAUAUAUAUAUAUAUAUAUAUAUAUAUAUAUAUA